AUGGCUUUUUUCAAGAAUCUAGUAUUUGUUUUCUUCAUGGCUUUGGCAUUUUCCAGCAUAGACAUUGGACUAGCUGCUCGUAAUCUUCUUCAAAUGCCGAAUUUACCCUCGAUACCAAAUUUGCCAAACCCUAAUGCAUUGCCGUCAUUGCCAAGUAUUCCAAAUCUUCCACAACCUACAUUGCCAACAUUGCCGACGACACUUCCGCCCCUUCCGAGUAAUUUUCCGGCCAUGCCGACUCUUCCCAAGUUCACUUUGCCUCCAUUGCCAAACAUGCCUUCGAUCCCAACUACCAUUCCUUCCAUUCCUUUCCUCUCUCCACCACCAGCCGGGAACUAA